AGUAUGUAGAUCUCAGCACAAUGACCUGCUGCCUCGGAUUGGUGGUUGCUGGUUCGAGUCCCACAGGAGCUGAGUCAAAUGAGAUCUAAAUAUGAGCUUGCCAGUGCACCUCACAGCAAGAGACAGUGAGCAAUAUCCAGAGCUAGUCGGGCUCCUUGGCAGCCUCUCCCAACACAUCACAGAGAAUGGAGUCAGUUUACCACUUCAGAAGGACCUCAGUCAGGCAGAGGAGUCGCUGAAACGAGAGAAACAGUCUUAUCUACAGUUCCACAUCCUCCACCAUGAGCUUAAGGAAUUCAUCAUGGACCAUGAUAUCGCCAGCCAUGAUGUGGCGCCAAGCUCUGCUUCAUCCCAGUUCCACGAAGCAGUCAAACAUUGUCUGUACACAGCCGAGGCAGCGGACUAUGUACAUCCCAACCCCAGCACCUCCACAGGGACAGAGGAACCCUGCACACUGCUCGGUCUGACCAAGGAGCAACUCAAUAGAGCUAACCCACACAACAAGAGACUAAAAGCCUUGCAGCAGCAGUUAAUCCCAAAAAUUGAAGACAGACUCCGAAGGAAAUGCGAGGAGCUGGUCGGGUUCCAUCACUCCCAACCUGACAACGAGGGUGGUCAGAUGGCGUUUGCUAAGGCGACCAGACUGCCUGAUCUACUGCAGAGUGAAUGCACGAAGCUGGAUGAAGAGAGACAGAAACUGAAGCUCGACAGAGCUCAGAGGGAUAAACAUUUCUGGCAGUACUAUCAGGCUUUGAUGGAUUCUCUGAGUGUACUAGAGCUGCUUAUAACCAAACAUCGACUGCGUCUACAAGCAGACAGUGACACCAUCACUAGCAACUGGCUGGCUGCACGGUGCCACGCCAUGUGUCUUAAACUGAGGGUGUUUGAGGCAAGACUUUUGUGUGACACAUAUACACCGGAGGUAGUCACCGCUCUCAAACAAAUAAAACAUCAUCUUAACAGGGCGAUCCAGGAGAAAGACAAGGACGUGAGCAGACUGAGUCAGGCCCUGCAGUCUUAUCAGAGCAUAGGCAUGGGAUUCGAUGAACUCGUUAAAGAGUAUGAACAACUACAGGCAGCGAUCGACAACAAGAAAUGGGCACUGACCGAGCUGAAGCAGAGUCUGGUGUCGGACUCCAAUGCAGAGUGGAAGACGUACUAAUUAUUGAAAACACCCAACCCCCGCCCCAAAAACUCAAAAUUCCUCAAAAAACAGUUCACAUUCUACAAAAUUCUACAUAACUUCAGAGGGAGCCAUUUCUCACAGUGUUUUAUACUGUCAACAGCUCCCCUUUACUCGUUACCAAAUAAGGUCUUAUGCUAAAGAUUAUUUUGAGUAAUUACGAAUAGUGUCCACUUCCUUUUUAAGGCACAAAAACAAGUUAUGCUAUAGGAACAAAAUGAGCACCCUCUGCACGAUCCAAAAUAUUGGCAUUCAACUAUCGGAAUAUGAUUUCAAAUUUAAUCCCACUGAAGAGAUUUAACGUAAACCAAGACUUCAUACGUUUAUUAAUAGACACUUCAACUGUUUAAAAAGUUACAGAUUGUAAUAAACAUUUUAUUACAGAUUCAUAAAUAUAUACAUUUUUAUACAAAAUAUUUUCACAUAGAACAUUUUAAAUAAGAAAAAUUUAAAUACUCAGGCGUUUGCAUGAUUCAAUAGUUCCUACAGCGACUAGGCAAUUUUCAGUUUGCAAAGGACACUUAAUAGAUUCCCUCUGACUUAUAUUUUCUUCUAUUAUAGAAGAAAAUAUAAGUCAGAGGGAAUACAAAAUUGUUAACACAAACUUGGAUGCGCCCACACAGCUUCAAAACACAUAGCAAGUUUGACAUCUAGUCCAAGUAGACCAAUCCUAAUUGCCGCACCGCAAUACACGGGACACUGGCAGAUUUGACAUUGUAUAUUAAUACUUCCUUUCUCUCGCUGGUCUAGUUGGUGUAUGACACUGCUGUAGUAUUGCAAAGGUCGUGGGUUUGAAUCCCACCCGGGUAAUAUGUUUUUUUCACAGAACUCUGGUAAGUACUGAGUAAACAGUGAUUCAUGUAACACACAUCAUUAGUAUAAAAUUUGGGCCAGAUAAAUAAUAAUACUCGGUUUUUGUAUAGCGCUUUAUACACUGUGUCUCAAAGCGCUUCCAACAUUAUUACCCCUGAUCACUGGGCCUUUUCAAUUCUUAAAUCAUCAGAUGUCAUCAUAUGUCAUAAGACACUGGACACUAUUGGUAGUUGUCAAAGACCAGUCUUCUCACUUGGUGUAUCCCAACAUAUGCACAAAAU